CACUGUAGCUAUCAUCCGAACAGCUCCGUCUUGACAAGACCUGCAUCCACGUGGACACAUUCUCAUUAUACAUCAGAAAAACCGGAAUACUUUAUAUUUGCCCAGCACUCAUAAACUACCCGCGUUGCCUUUGAAGGAACUACAGGGAAUAUGCUUGCUUGUUACACGUGAAUCUGCGAUGCACACUACCAAGUCUUGCUGACCAACGUUUAUCGAUCCGCUCUCUCGAGUGAUAUCUCCUUCUGGGAAAACGGCUGCCAAAAAGUCUGGUAUAAACUGACCUAUUUUACAGAAUUCCUACGUCUCGUAUAGCCGGCGAUGCCCGAGCACUGUGCCGGAUCGGAUAAAACUGAUACCUAGAUGUGGCCCCGUGUGUGUAGGAAGUAUUGAUUGCAGCUCCACGCGAAUAUGCAUAUGACUUCACCAUUAUUCUCGCCGGGACGCACGUGGUGAUUUAACAUCUGCCUUGUCUGCCCUCUGUAGAUCCCGAAGCCGGCAAGGUUCCGACGGCAUCGAGAAUAUGAACAACACCGAAGAUAUUAACGACUGACAGUAGAGUUCAAAUUGCUGGGUAUACAGCGACAGCCUAUAGGUGCACCUGGCAUAGCCCAUGUAGUCGGCUCACAGCGCCGGGAUCCUGUCACUCGGAUGUUGUCAAGCCAUUGUUUAACACGGGUCCUCACGAGACUGUGUGAGUGAUGUUUCGCACUGCGGUUGAUGUCGUAAUGAUCAAGAUGCGUCGCCGAGAAACAAAAAUCUGCCUGGUGUGUUCCUUAGUCGUCCUCAUCGGCUUGCUGCUGCUGCUGCGGAACAACAUCAGUCCCAGUUUGCCUAUGGGGAUGAUUAAAAAAACGUUGGGGUAUCCUAGCAUCCUCUACGACUGUGACACAAACCACACGGACACUGAUGGAGCAGUUAGAAUCCCCCCUACUCGAGCUUUGGAGAAGAUGAACCACCAAGAGUUGUCCUGCCUUUAUCACAGCUACACAACUAACAUCCAGACCUUGUGUCGACGUAUUGAACGGCUAGGAAACGUUGAAGAUGGGGGUUGGGACGUGUGCAUCGACAGCAGAUUUCGUCCCCGCAAACCGUGUAUCGUGUUUUCUGUUGGAAUCAACAACGAUUUCACAUUCGACGACGCCGUUAACGCCAAGUACACCUGUGAAGUACACUCUUAUGAUCCAAGUAUGGGGUUAAAAGAUCACUUGCACAAGCCCGAUAUGCACUUCCAUGCAACGGGACUGGCUUCGUACAACGGAAAGACUGCAUCUGGCUGGCGCAUGCGUACCCUUGGCUUCCUGCGGAACGAGAGUGAUUCAGGACUUAAGAGACGACCAAUAGAUAUUCUCAAGAUGGACAUUGAAGGCAUGGAGUGGGGCGUUAUUCCGGAAAUGAUACGAAGUCGGAGCCAUAUUGGAAUAAAACAGUUGUACAUCGAGUUUCACACUCACUUAUUCAAGAACGGAAAGUAUAUCUACGAGACAACACGAGAUCAAUAUUUGACGUACUUGAAAAUCCUGCGCCAGUUACAUCACGCAGGUUUUAGGAUCUUCUGGACACACAAAAACUUUGCUUGUAAAUUCGAAUCGAUCUAUGGGCCCCAUCGAGUGAGUUGCAAUGAGCUGUAUUUCGUGCAAAUCAACCAAGCAUGAUGGGACUUGGUGGCAUAGAGCCAUUGGUAUCUGUGUAGCGUGACAUGUACUAAGUGUAUUACCAUGUAGCUAAUAAAUCUAUUUUAUAUAA